CCGUUUCUUCUCAAUAUGUAGCAACUGCGCCGCUUGUUUGUAAGAGAGCCUCACAAAUCGUAACUUUGAUAUUCACUAACUGGGUAAUUGAUCUACCUGACACUUAAGGACAUUUGACUUGUAUUCCCCUGUACAUAUACAAAGACGGAUUAACGCUGUGAAGACCAUUUCAACGCCGAUGACCGUCAGUUGUGUUGUGGAUACGAUACUGAGUGAUACUGAACUGGAACGUAUUCCGAGGGUCUGGCCUUCCUUCCUUUGGCUACAGUAGGAAGUUUGGGGCCUGUUGUGGGCUGUGCAUGUUUGUUCCUCACCAGUGAUUCCUUAUGCUUGAUAGAAGCUGCACCCUUACAGGAUGGAUGGUGUGGACUUAAAGAGACUUGUGUAUCAACAUCAGCACUCUGUGUUUUUCUGUGGUGUUCAAUCUUUUACCAUUUACAAGAGGACACCUCCCAUCCUAUACCCCCAAUCUCUGCACUAUAUUUAUAAAGACCGUCAAUAAAAAAAGACAGCUGAAGGUAGAAGUUGUAAGACUUUCUAUCUUUUUUCUUUUUAAAGCUCAGACCGAUACUGCUUAUAUAGGCCUAUAUGGCGGAAAUGGAAGUAUCCUUAUUUUAAUUAUUCCGUUAGUGUACCCCCUUACUUAUAGUGUGGGUGGUGGGAUGUCGGGAAAGCUAGACGACAAAAUGGUGAAGUUCCUGGUUCCCCCUCAGAAGAGUGGAAAUGGCCCCAGUUCUGGUUCAGAUUCGAUGGUGAGUGAGGGCCGGCCAACAGAAGUGAGACGCCGGCAUCACACCAUGGAGCGUGAUCGUUGUAACCCCGAACACCGUUUUCUGCGCCGAAGUGUCAUCAGUGAUUCCAAUGCUACAGCAUUAGCUCUCCCUUUACCUAGCAAGAUCCCCAUCCCUGCACCUCAACGGGUUCAGCUACGAGAAAUCCCCCCACAGCGGCAACUGGCAGCUGUUGCUGCUCAUUUACUGCAUGCUGAACCAAGUCCAGCUCAAAAUGAGGAAACUGCUGUUCGUGGAAGAGAAGGAGUACAAGAAAAAGAAAUAACCAAGGUGGAUGUAGUGCCUUUGGAGCCUGUCAUUGUACAAGAUACCUGUGAUGGAGAGGUGGUGGUAGCAGCCCGCUCCGCACCAUGCUUAGGAUCAGAAUUGCCCAGACAAAUAGAACCUGAAAGCACCAGUGAGGUGAAGGUACCACCUGAAGAAGAAGGGGAGGAAGAAGACAAGGAAACUGCCAAGGCACGAGCAGAGGCAGAGCAGAGAGAAGCUGAGAAGAAAGUGCAGGAUGACAUUGAAGAGGCAGAGACCAAAGCAGUGGGAACAUCACCAGAUGGACGCUUCUUAAAGUUUGAUAUAGAAAUUGGACGGGGCUCCUUCAAGACUGUCUACAAGGGCUUGGACACUGAGACCACGGUGGAGGUUGCUUGGUGUGAGCUGCAGGAUCGUAAGCUUUCAAAGACGGAGAGGCAGCGCUUUAAGGAGGAAGCGGGGAUGUUGAAGGGACUACAGCAUCCCAACAUUGUCCGUUUUUACGACUCCUGGGAGGGACCCUCGAAAGGCAGGAAGUGCAUUGUACUGGUCACUGAACUCAUGACUUCUGGCACACUCAAAACAUAUCUGAAGCGGUUCAAGGUGAUGAAAAUUAAAGUGCUGCGGAGCUGGUGUAGACAAAUCCUCAAGGGCCUCCACUUCCUUCAUACUCGGGCUCCCCCCAUCAUCCACAGGGACCUCAAGUGCGACAAUAUUUUCAUCACAGGCCCAACAGGAUCCGUCAAGAUUGGAGACUUGGGGCUGGCCACUCUAAAGCGUGCAUCAUUUGCUAAGAGUGUUAUAGGUACCCCUGAGUUCAUGGCGCCUGAGAUGUAUGAGGAGAAGUACGACGAGUCAGUGGAUGUGUAUGCCUUUGGAAUGUGCAUGCUGGAGAUGGCCACCUCAGAGUACCCUUACUCAGAGUGCCAGAACGCAGCACAGAUCUACCGCAGAGUUACCAGCGGGGUGAAGCCAGGCAGCUUCGACAAGGUGGCCAUUCCUGAAGUGAAGGAGAUCAUCGAGGGAUGCAUUCGCCAGAACAAGGACGAGAGGUAUUCAAUCAAGGACCUCCUGAACCAUGCCUUCUUCCAGGAGGACACAGGUGUGCGUGUGGAAUUGGCAGAAGAAGAUGAUGGAGAGAUGGAGCUUAUAAAGCUGUGGCUAAGAAUUGAGGAUGUAAAGAAACUCAAGGGGAAGUACAAAGAUAACGAGGCCAUUGAGUUUUCUUUCGACCUCCUCAAAGACGUCCCAGAGGAUGUGGCUCAAGAAAUGGUUGAGUCUGGUUAUGUGUGCGAAGGUGACCACAAGACCAUUGCGAAGGCCAUAAAGGACAGGUCGUCUCUAAUCAGUCGCAAGAGAGCACAGCGGCAGCAGGUCAGAGAAAAUCAGGAGAAGAGAAGGAUAGAGGAAGAGCAGCAGGGUCAGUUACCCCCUGCUCAGCCACCAGCCCAACUGCCAACAGAGGUGCCUCAGUCCCAGCCCGUGCCCCAGCCCGCUCCCUAUGUCUCUCCACAACCAAACCCACUGAUGGCCCCCCAACCUGCAUCUCAGCAGAGCCUUCAGAGCUCCAACUAUAACACUCCUCAAUCCACCCAACUGGCCGGCAUGGCGCAGGGUGUCCCUUUCAUCCCCCAGUCAACGGGACAAGUCCCAGUUCAUGUUCAGAGUGUGACCUCCAUCCAGCCGGAGUCAGAGGAGCCUGAGGCGGACCAACACCAUCAACAACAGCACACUGGAGGAGCCAUUCACAUGGGAGACAGACUGUCCGGUUCCACCGUCCCCCCUGAGAUCCAGCCCCCUCAGUCUGGAAUAUCCUACAGCAGCCCUCCCAGUCAGCAUCUUCAGCCCCAGGUGUCACACCAACAGACACAAAAUGACCAAACGCUUCAGCAGCCAUUGUCAGUGGUUCAAACCCAGAUGCCAGUGGUCCACCCUGAAGUUGUUCCUGUAGUUCCCGGCAGCCAGUCGGUUCCCGUGGCUCCUCAGCAGUACGGAGUUUACUACCAACCAUCGCUUCCCCCUCAGAUUCCGACCCAACAAGUGGUGAUACCCCCAUCUUCUCAGACAUCCUCACCCCAACAGCAGCAGCAGCCAGAAAGCAGCGCUACUCUCUUGAGCUCCACUCUACCACAGGCUGGAGUUCAGCAGCUACAGGCCCCUGUGAGUGUUGCUCAGCCAGCCCCAGUGGAGCCAGGAUCCUCUGCUCUGGUGCCUCCAUCUGUAGAAAGUUGCCUUUCGGAUGCAGCUUCAGGUCUUAGUGACGGCAAUGAGGGAGGCUCUACAUCAGGAGGCCGCCAUGAGGGCCGCUCACUGAAGCGUCACCAGCGGCGAUCAGUACGCAGCCGCUCCCGCCAUGAGAAGACUGGGAAGGCCAAGCUCAAUGUUCUCAGUAUCUCAAAUGUGGGAGACAGAGUAGCUGAGUGCCAGCUGGAAACACACAACAGGAAGAUGGUGACCUUUAAAUUCGACCUUGAUGGUGAUAACCCGGAGGAGAUUGCACAGAUCAUGGUUGAGAGUGAAUUUAUUUUGGAGAAUGAGCGGGAGUCCUUCGUUGAGCAGGUCCGUGAAGUCAUAGAAAUGGCCGAUGAGAAAGGAGAGGGCAUGAAGGAAGGCUUCCCUCAGAUGAUUGAUCUCCAAAAACUGCCUGAGCUGUCUAUUCCUAUGCUGCCAGGCAUUUCCCCCAUGACUACAGCGCAGGUGGUGCAUUCGGCAGGUCGGAGGUUCAUAGUCAGCCCAGUGCCCGAGUCUCGUCUUAGAGAACAGUUUUUUGGCGGUACUUCGUCUAAUACCUCCUUUGGAGAUGAACCAGCUCCCUCUCUGCCACUGGGCCUGUCUCUGUCCGCUCCAUCUGGGACUUUGCAGCAGGCUUUCAGUAUAAUGAAGCAGGUUCGUCUGGAGAGAGGCAGCACCCUGGAUCCCUCUGAGCAGGAAGCAGGCCCUGUCCCGGCCCCUGAGGCAGGACCCGGCCCCCACUCUAACACUAGCCUCGCUCCUUCAGAGGCUGUAGCUCUGCCUCUGACAUCCACUGCAACAUCCUCACCAUCCCCCCCAACUGGGAGGGUUUCCCCUCCACCUGCAGUCACUCAGUCCCAAAGCCCCGCCCCCGUCACCAGUGAUCCCAGUCCCCCUGCUCAGUCAGCCCAUGAAGCAGCCCCCCCACAGCUUCCACCAGCUGCCAAUAUCCCCCCCACACCUUCCAGCGUCUCCCCUCCAUCAGUGCAGACCUCCGUCCCUGCAGGCCCCGGGCCCCCGAGCAGCGCCUCGGUCCCGUCUAUCGCCAGUGUUUCAUCCAGUAGUCCUGUCUCUGUCCCUGCUUCAGAGCAGCAGCCUUUUAACGGCGCUGCAUCGUCCUCCCAGCCUGUGAAUUCGUCCAUCCCUGCAUCACAGUCUCAGCCCGUCCCCGUUUCUGCUCAGCCCGUGGAGCCAGAGGGAGCUGAUCUCCAGAACAAAACGGCUGGCAGAGAUGAUAUCCAGGCGCUGGAUAAAAAGCUCCGGUCCCUCUUCAAAGAUCAGAGCUCUGCGUCAGUGGAUCAGAACACCGGCACCUCUUCUCCUCCCACUGGGACUGCUUCCCCUCCCCCCGGAGCCGCCCUGGUGCCCCCUUCAAACCUCCCCCUCUCCUCUGGAGGGCAGAGUGUCCUGGGCCUGACCACCACCCCGGGUAUUACCCCAGCAGGACAGACCCCUUCAACUAAGUCAAGGGCACAUACUUUACCUACUGGUUUUGACCAAGCUGCUACACCUCCAUCUGAACUUGUACCUCCAUUUCCUGGACCAAAUCAGUCUCAGAAACCCCUGGGUAAUUUAGACGCCCAGUUGAGGAGAGCUCUGAGCCCGGAGACCGUUCAGGGAGGCAGCAGAGCGCAGUCUCCAGCAGCAGCUUUCACUCUGGGGCGCUUCCAGGUGUCUGUUGCUACUGAUGGUUCGUCCAGCAUCGUUUCCUCUUCUUCCCUCACGCCGUCCUCUACCUCUUCCUCUUCUUCUUCCUCUUCCUCCUCUUCCUCCCCCUCUAGUCCAGAAAAUACCCUCCACCGGUCAUCCGCUCUGUCCAGAGGGGUUUGUGAAACUGACUCUGGAAAUCGAGCCUCUCCUCUCUCCGCUGAUGCUGCCAGUCAGCCCACUACCAUUGGCCGCUUCCAGGUGUCUACAAGCACCAACGCCACGACUGGGACAACCACUGGCUCCAAAGUGGGACGUUUUUCAGUCACAGUCACCCAUGGCUCCAGUCUGCAGAACGGUCCCUCAUCGUCAACGUCUGAUCCUCAAAACUCACACACCCACUACAGCAGUGACAAUGAUGAUGACUCUGAGAAAGAGGAUGAAGCUCUGCACAAAGAAAUAAGCCGUCUCAGAGAAAAACACAUGACGGAGAUCCAGAUAUUGCAGAGUCGUCAGAAAGAGGAGGUGGAAGCCCUGUUCACAAAGAUGGGAAAACCUGCUCCUUCUUCAGUCUUCUCCCCUGCUGUGGCCAUGGCUGGAGGUCGACGGCGGCUCAAGAGCAGAAGCCACAAAUCGUCUCGCGGUAGUGGACAGCCCAGCCCCGUGCACUCAGCCUCCGCUCCGAGUCAUCACAGUUCAGGGUCCCCUCCGAAGCAAAGUUCAGCCUCGGCAACAGAGGCCUCGGAGACGGCAGCAGAGGCCUCUCAAGCAGCUAACGCGGCGGUGUCCAUAAAGCAGCUCAGAACCUCUCCAUCCAUGCCCAGCCUCAGCAGUUGCUCCACAGGAUCAAGUGGGAGCGGCUCAACAAAUGGUUCAGGCCCCUGCCAAAACCACUCUGCUUCUCUGACCCAGACGGUCGGAUCCUCUUCCUCUUCCUCUCAAACUCAGAAGGGCAAGGGCACCUUCACGGAUGACCUGCACCAGCUGGUGGAUAACUGGGCGAGGGACGCCAUCAGCCUGUCUCAGUGCAAGAGAGGUCCUAAAGCUGGAGCAGCGGCACCUCUGGGACACGAUAUCAUCCCUCCGGUCAACCAGGGCCGUAAAUUCUCCGCUCCAGGCUACCUGUGCCCAACGCUUCCCACACCUUCUACCACCACGACCACCGCGUCCACUCACCUCCCCAACCCAGCCGUUCCCUCUGUCCCCAUGGCCCCUCGGAAAGGCUCUCUGGGCCCCAGCGCGCAGGGCUUUGGAUACACCUCGGCCCCAUACAGUGCCGCUCAGUGGGCAGGACCCACAGGCACGUCCCAGGUCAGCAUGCUUAACCCCGCACAGCCACUCACGCAGUACCAGCCGCCCACCACAGCCUCGGUGUCCCUGCACCCAGGAUACCACAUGGGAACGACCGCAGCCCCCCAGAACCCAGUGGGCCCCGGAGGGUCCAACCUGAGGCCCACGUAGCCCAGUGGAAGCCCCCCACAGGGCAGACAGUCGUGAACGAGAACCACUAGCUCUUUGUGUAGUAGGCUGGUUGGCCGGCUGGAUAUUGUGCUUUUUAUUUUUAUUUCAACUUUUAUUGUUUUUUUUUCUGUAAUAGAGUGGACCUGUGUGGUUCAUGUCCUCUCAGGCAGAGCAAAAUCUGUCUUUAGAUUCAGAGGAAGAGUGCAAUACACAUCCACAGCAGUCUCACACCUAGCCUGCCAUCAGCUGUGGAACUGAGCUGUGACGAGCCGUUGGUUUGUGUCUGGUGAUGAAACCAACUGCAGCCAAAGAUGUCUUUUGAGAGCAGACGUUGCAAUGUUUUCAUUCCUGUGAAGAGGAGGAAGAGGAGGAGGAGGAAGGAGUGAUUGUGGGUCACGUCCUACUGGUCCUGACUUAAAGCCGCACUGGGGCUGAAGACAGUAAAACAACACUUAGACACACGUACAGACACACACCGGACUAAAUAUGAACCCUAGUUGACAGACUUGUGAUAACAUGUUAAGUUGUUUCAGAGAGCUAUAGGGGGGAGUGUACAGAAAGUGGGAGAUAACAGUGGGACAGUUUGUUCCAGAUGGAUUAGCAAAGUGUGACUGGUUGAGUUGGGAGGAGAAAGUUCUGGAAAGUGAGGCAGGAGUGUAAAGGAUAGGGUUGCAGUUUGAAUACAUCCCUAUGAACUAUUAAGUCAAAUGCAAUAAUGGCAAAGAGUAGAUGAACUGUCCCUUGUAACUGUGGCCUUAAUCCCCAAACACAUUUAGACAUUGACUUUGUACAUAGAUAUUUCUUCACUGGGUUAUGAUUCCACAUUUAGCAUAUUUAUGUUCCUGUGAGUCUGGUGACAUUGUGAUACGAGUUGUCAUCCAUUCAGAUUUAUUAUACCAGUUUAUUCUUCACGUCUGACAUAUAAGCAGUGGAUCGUCCACUACUAAAGGCAUUGUCCUGGUGUUGAGCACCAUUCGCAGUGUGAAACUUGAGAGGUGAUGCUGCUGAAAAUCACAAUCGGGUUGAGGUCGUUUGCAGGGUGUUUUUUUUUUUUUUGUCUUGUUUUACACAAGAAGGAAAUUAGAAUCCAAGAUGACACAUUAAACAGCAUUAGUUUGGCAGAUAGGAGCAGUUCAUUAUCUGCUUAUCAUAUAUAUUGUAGAAAAUAAAUAAUUUUGGUUGAUUUCAAAAGUAUUUGUGGAAGGUUUUAGUCUCUCCCAGUUGUUUACACAGAUGGUGCACAGCGCAUCGAUGAAGUCAUGCUGCAUUAAAUAUGUCUGCUCAUAACAUUUAGCCGUCACGUCUCAAAUCACAAUUGUCUGGGGUUCUCUCUUUCUGUGGUCUGUUUUUGUAUGCGUAUAUUUAAUAAAAACAAAUGUUCUUUAUGGACCUGUAUUCAGCCAUCAGAUUUUGAUGUUUCACUGUAAUUAUUAUUAAAGGUUGUUAAACAACAUGUAGUUAAAGGAAUAUAAAAAGUGCAAUUGCAGGGUUGUUGUCAUUGGUAUCCUACUCAUCACGCAGGAGUAAUCCUGUCGUUUAUUAAGCUCUUCUCUCUAUGACUGCCCUGCCCCCCCCCCAUCCCUUUUUUUUCCUAUUUUAUUGUACAUAUGUUAAUGUGAGGGAAAUGCUUUCACGUAGAGCAUGCUUGUGGUGACCCACUCUACAUGUACAUGCUCUAUUACCUGUAAACAUGAGGAACACUUUAGUGCCUUGCAUCCUCACUAAUGACAAGUUCCAGAUUCAUCGAUUGCUGUAGCUGUGAUUGGACGGCAGAGAAACAGUUAACCUGUACACGAUGUAAACACCACAGGUGGCUCCUGCACACAGCCUGUCAGAGGAUGUAACACUCUGAAAGUGUAGACCCCACACAGGACUGCAGAACAAAGAGCAGAGUCAUGUGGAAGCGUUUCUGCUCCGGCUACACUUCCCUUUGUGUUGUGUGAUCAGCUGUGUAUUUAUAUUUGGCUCAUGCGUACAUGGAUUUGGCUGACAUUUGUUUUUGUGGGUUUAUCAUUAAACUGUUUCAUAGACGUACUUGUUCAGUCGGCGGGCGAGCUGUAUAAAGGUUUAAACGUUUUCAUGCUGGCUAAACUUUUGUCUCCGCACCUCACGAGUGCCAUGCUGUCAUUGUGACCCUUUCUCCUGCUCGUAGAUUGGAUGAAUAGUUAAACUUCUCUAGAGAAAAAAUAAGUUACUGCAAUGCAGAAUAUGCAAUGUUUAAAGGGACUGAGGGGUAAUGGAAACAUUUGCAUGCUGAUGAGGGGUUGUUACCGACUUCAAUGUUUUUGAUAUUGGAAUAUUAGAGAUCUUUUUUUUAUUAUUAUUCUUUGCCUUCCUGAGUCGAUCUGUCCGAUUGCCAUUCACCAAUAUCACAGGCACACCUUUAAUAUCAAACUAUCGCUAAAUGAUUUCUGCAUGCCGGCUUCACUGGUGUUUCAUCUUACAACUGACUUACAACUGUACAGCACUAGGUCACAACAAAGCUCUUGUAGUCCCUCUGCUACGAUCAGUAAUUAUCCCACCUCUAAGGUACUGGCACGCAGUCAUAUCUGUCUUUAUUUCUGAUCCCUCCAACUGACUUCCUGUGAUUCAGUGUUUGUUUUGUGUAUGUUUUUCACAUUGUACAAAAUGUAAAAACAAAUAAAAAUACUAUCAA